AUGUAUAUCAUGAAGAUCGCUCCAGCAGCUUUGCUGAUCACAUUGGGAUUGUCGUCACCAGUUAACCAUAUCAGCAAGAGACAGUUGGGCGGCCUCACUGGCAUCUUGGAGAUCGUCAAGGAUGUACUGCCCGCGACUGGCAGCGUCGGCGGUGUUGGCAGCGGCAUUGGAAGUGGAAGUGGAGGCUCAAACAUCCCAGGUGUUCCUGACACCGAUAAUGACGACACGCCCAGUGUCGAUACCUCAUGCGUCGACGCGAUUUCCAAGAUCGACGAAGCACUUAGUAUCAGUGCUCAGCUCAUGGAAGCCAGUGGAGAACAACCAACCAUGCAACAGAUCCUAGCUGUGCUUGGCGUACUCGAAGAUUCACUUGGAGACGAGUGCAAAGAAGACGAUGAUAGCAGCAGUGAAGACGACAUGGACGACAUGGAGGGAAUGGAUAUGCUCACCGUUCGAGCUGAAGAGUGCUCAGCAUGCGAGCAAGCUCUGUACGGAAUCGUCAAGCAACUGCAAAACAUCUUCUCUAUCGGACAGGCUGCGACGGAUGUUCUUCCAGAUACCGGAGACCUUCCUAGCGCAGGCGACCUUCCAAGUACUGGUGGUCCCAAGCUCCCUCCUCUGGUCGAUGAUUUAAAGGCUGUAGUCAUUAACACGACUAUGCCGAUGAAUAUGACGAUGCCUGUCAAUACUACCACUAACUCCAUCUCUCCCAUGGCACGAACUGUUCUGAGCACACCACAGCUGAGGCGGAGAAUAGUCGCUGGGUCAAGAAGGCAGUAG